UUGCGCGGCCGCGACGCCCGACGCCGGCGGGGCAGCGGCGCUCUGGGUCCUGCGCUACCGGUGGUAUCUAGCGCGAACCCACGAGGCUCCGGUCCGUUCGGCGCAGGUAGGCGUCGUCCCGCUUGCACCGCCUACUGGGCCCCUCUUGGUUGUGGGAGCGGCGCGCCCUGGCGUUGCGUUUUCUCAACGGUGCCCGAGGCGUUGGCCUUCGCUGCCGCGGGCGGACUACGGAUUCUUAGACUCUGCAAGUAAAGACAAGCUCAUGUUCACAAUAUACCAUGGCUUCAUCAUCAAGCAGCCUCACUACUGGGAGAAGAACCGGCUCAAAGCUGAAGUCCAUGAAGUUGCUUGAGGUUCUGAAUGCUCUGGAGGAGGAGGAGUCUGGCCAGAGUAGGGAGGAGAUCUUCAUUGCACCGCCCAACAAUGCUUCAGGGGACUUCACUGAUGAGGACUCGGGUGAUGAAGAUGGCCGGCGAGGAACCCACCUGCCUGGCAAUGUGCUGCAUGCCUCUGUUGUGCCUGAGGACUCCGGCACCGGGGAGGAGGAUGAUGACCUGCAGCUGCAGCCAGCCAUGAAGAAGCAAAAGGCAGUAGUGGAACCUCAACAUGUUUGGACCAAAAGAGAUAUCCGCCCGGACUUCACCAGUUGGACAGCAUCGGAUCCUCAUAUGGAGGAUCUCAAAAGCCAGGAACUGAGUCCUGUAGGCUUCUUUGAAUUGUUUUUUGAUGAAGGAACAAUUAAUUUUAUUGUUAAUGAAACCAAUCGUUAUGCUUGGCAGAAGAAUGUCAACCUGGGUCUCACAGCUCAGGAAUUGAAGUGUGUUUUGGGCAUUUUGAUUUUAAGUGGGUAUAUCUCCUAUCCAAGGAGAAGGAUGUUUUGGGAAACAUCCCCUGAUUCACAUCAUCAUCUUGUGGCUGAUGCAAUUAGAAGGGACAGAUUUGAACUGAUCUUCUCAUACCUGCAUUUUGCAGAUAACAGUGAGCUUGAUGAAAGUGAUAGGUUUGCCAAGGUGAGGCCUCUCAUUGUCCGCAUGAACUACAAUUUCCAGAAGCAUGCACCCUUGGAAGAGUUCUACAGCUUUGGCGAGUCUAUGUGUGAGUACUUUGGACACCGGGGGUCCAAGCGUCUGCCUGCGGGGAAACCUGUGCGGCUGGGCUACAAGAUCUGGUGUGGGACGACCAGCAGGGGCUAUUUGGUGUGGUUCGAGCCCUCACAGGGCACACUGUUCACUAAGCCAGACAGGGGCCUGGACCUAGGAGGCAGUAUGGUGGUGAAAUUUGUGGAUGCACUUCAGACACGUGGGUGUCUGCCAUACCACAUAUUUUUUGACAAGGUUUUUACAAGUGUCAAAUUGAUGUCCAUUUUAAGGAAGAAAGGAGUGAAGGCCACAGGAACUGUUCGUGAGUACAGAACUGAACGAUGUCCCCUUAAAGAUCCCAGAGAACUGAAGAGAAUGAAGAGGGGUUCGUUUGAUUACAAAGUUGAUGAGAGUGAGGAGAUCAUCGUGUGCCGCUGGCAUGAUAGCAGUGUGGUCAACAUCUGCUCCAACGCUGUGGGCAUAGAGCCAGCGGGGCUGACCAGCCAUCACUCGGGAGCAGCCAAGACGCAGGCCCAGGUUCAUCAGCCAUCCCUGCUGAGGCUGUACCAGGAGAAGGUCGGGGGUGUCGGCCGCAUGGACCAGAACAUCGCCAAGUACAAGGUGAAGAUCCGGGGUAUGAAGUGGUACUCGAGUUUCAUUGGCUAUGUUAUUGACGCUGCUCUUAACAAUGCAUGGCAGCUGCACAGGAUAUGCUGCCAUGAUGCCCAGGUGGACCUUCUGGCCUUCCGGAGAUAUGUGGCCUGCGUGUACCUAGAGAGCAACGCGGAUACAUCAUCCCAAGGGAGGCGAAGCAGGCGGCUGGAAACCGAGAGCCGCUUUGACAUGAUUGGGCACUGGAUCAUCCACCAGGACAAGAGGACCCGGUGUGCCCUGUGCCACUCACAGACCAACACCCGCUGUGAGAAGUGCCAGAAGGGCGUCCAUGCCAAGUGCUUCAGGGCGUACCACAUCCGGUAAUGCAUCCUGGGCAGAGGGAGCCCCCUGGAUGUUUGGUUUGUUAUGAGAUGUUUACAGCUAAUUACAUAUAGCAUUUGGGGCCUUUGUGUGUUGUGUUGACAAAAAGAGACCUGAAUCCCUGAUUUGGUUUUGUAUUUUUCCUCGUCUUCCUUACAGUUAUCUUUUUAUCAUCUUCUAUUAUGCCUACAUGUAAUAUAAAUUAAUAUUUAUGUUAGUAAUCAUAAAUGUUUAUAAAUAUAUAUUUUAUACUGUUAUUUAUUUCAACUUAUGGGCCCUUUUUUAUUCAAAUAAAAAUCUUGCUUUGGGGUAUAGCUGUCCUGAUAAGGAGACUUGAACGUAACCAAAAACUUAAGAGAAACUUUCGUGAACAGUAAAAAGAUUUUAUAGUGUAUGCUCUCAGUUAUAAUCUAAGAUAUAGGCAAUAUUGUAUCAAUAUGAUGAAGGAUAUCUUGAUCAUAUUUAUUUCACUUUAAUCUAAUGCUAGCAAACUGUCCAGGGACAGAUAAUCUGCCAUGUAUUUAUCCAGCUGACUAGAUUUGUAGAGUUUGUAUUUUCUUGAUAAAAAAUAUUUUUCUAAUACACAUAUCCAUGUGGAAUCCAUUUUUAUAAAUAGUGUGAAGUAGGGAGUUUUUUCCCCCAAAUGGGUGGUUAGCAUCAUAUUAAUAUUAAAAGUUAUAUAUAUAUUUCCCCAGUGAUUUAAAUUCUACCUUUAAAAAUUCCUGAACUUUGGGGGAAAAUACUGAAACAAAGAAAAAAGUUUAUGUUAGAAAGCCUAGUGGAAUAUAACCCAGAAGAAUAAAAGAAAUACAUAUAAAAAUUUGGACUUAAUCAGAAAUCUAAGAGAGCAUGUUGAGUAUCUUUAUUUGGUAAAGAACUUUCUACAACAGCACAAAUAAAAAAGAAACACAUCAAUAUAUGUGACCAUAUAAAACUGUAAAAUUGACAUUUAUUAGUAAAGGUAAAAUGCAAAGAAACUGAGAAAAUAUGUUACAAAUAAUUCCAUUUGUAAUAAUAUCCUCAGUGCAAAAAGAUCUCGUAAACACAUAGGUGACAAGGGUAAAAUGUGCAAUGUUAUAUAAAAUAACAAAUGAUGGAAGAUGAAAAACAAAUGAACAGUGAAGAUACAUAAGAGGCAAUAAACUGCAAAGGUAAGUAAUUACUAGAUAUCCUUUUUUUAAACAAAUGAAUUUAUUUGUACAUAAUUACUGUUGGUAUGGGUGUAGAAAGGUGACAGACUCAUGUAGUACCUGAGGGAGUGUAAAUCUGUACACUCUUUCUGAAGGCAAUUUAUCAGGUCCAUCCAAAAUCUUAAAAAUUGUUCAUACCCAUAGAAAAGGAAAUGUUUGGUCCAUUGUGAUGUGAAUACAUUAAUAAAAGGGGCAGAUCCUCCCUUCAGUGGAAUCCCAAUUAUAAAUGUAGAAGGAAGGAUGGAAAUAAAAUACUGCUAUUUGGCAAACACCACAGCAGUAAUUUUGCAGGCAAGAACUGUCAGUAGUUGCUAAACUUAGGAGGGCAAAGCAUUUCCUCACAAGAUAUCCAGGGGGAAUAAACAGAAACUGCUUAGUGGAGAAAUCAGGCACACCACCACAACCAAGCAGUCAAAGUUAAUACCACCAGUAUUGAGAUAGAGACAUCAUGUGUCCUACCCCACUCUCCUCAGGUAUGGUAGGUACACUGUGAUAUUCCUGCCCAGAAUGUACAGCCUGCAUUCUACAUCAUGAGAAAACAUGAGACAAACGCAAACUGAGGGACAUUCCACAAAACAGUUGAAUACCUUUUGAAAGUGUUGAGGCUGCAAAAGACAAAGAAAAUGAGGAUCUGUCCACAAUUAGAAGAGACCAAGGAAGUAUAACAAAUGUGAUGUGUGAUACUCGCCAGGUUCCACAAAAAGGCUUUCAAAAAGAACAUUAGUGGGACAAUUGGUGAAACUUGAAUAAGAUCCGUAGUUAUACUGUUUUAUAAAUAUUAAUUUCCUGGCUUUGACAACUGUACUGUGGUUAUGCAGGAUGUCAGCAUCUGGGGAAGACUGGUAAAAGGGAACUAUCUGUAACCCUGGAACUGUUUUGUAGGUUUGAAAUACUUUCAGAGUGAACAUUAAAAAAUGUUUAUACCUUUGG